AGUGGGAUCGUUCUGCUGUUAUGCUCGUUCCGGGGCGUCGCUGCGCUCCCGUACGCUUUCUGUCGCCGAGACACACACUGAGUGAUGCGCGACCAGCCCGCUCCAUCCCGCACUGAUCCUGCACGGAGGUGACUCGAUCGGCGUAUGACAUUGUCCAGGAUAAAGCCAAUAACAAUGCAUGGCUUGUAAGCCGCCAAUCAUGGCUCAAAGGAAGAGGCCAGGGACCAGUGGAGGAAGCAGUAUGGCUGCUCCGGGCCCCGCCUCCUGUCCCACCCCUCAUCCUACAGAGUCAUGUGAUCUGAAAGCCCUCCCCGCACGGCAACGCCCACUGCGCUACCCCAAAGAGUCACAUGAUUCGAAACCCCAUUCAUGUAAGGCACAAUAUUCCUCUCCCAAGAAUCAAGACGUUGGCCGUAAUCAUCAUCCGGAUCAUCAUCCAGAGGCGGACGUAGAUGCGGAGGUGGGGGUGAAGCGAUACAACAGUCAAGCAGAUGCAGAACUUGAGGAUCAGCGGCCAGCAACGCCGUCCACGCCUGAACACAACCAUGACCAGGAUGACCACGAUGACCACGACCAGCCAGACUUCCACGGUGGAGCCGACAGCCUGGACGAUGACUCCAGCUCUGACUACAUCAACAACACCUCGGAUGAAGAGGAAGACUAUGAUGAUGGACUGGCAGAGGAGGACGAGGGUGUAACUUACUACAUCCGCUACUGCCCAGAGGAUGACAGCUACCUGGAAGGGAUGGAUUGCAGCAGCCAGGGAAACUGCAACCACAGCCACAGCCACAGCCAGGGGGACUGCACCGGCACCAUGCAGCUGGGCGGAUCCCACGCCGAUGAAUGCCAGGAGGCCGUGGAAGGCUGGACCGAAGAGGGCGAGGGGGAGGUGCGAGAGGAAGAAUGGGUGGAAGACGAGGAGGGGGAGGGGGAAGGGAGGGAAGAGUGGAGAGAAGAUGAGGAAGAGGUGAGGGAAGAGUGGAGAGAGGGGGAUGAGGAGGGACAGCAGGAGUGGAGAGAGGAGGACCAGGUCCGACAGGAGCAGUGGGCAGGAAGAGAGAGGCACCGGGUGGAGGAGUGGGGUGAGGGAGAGGGGGAGGUCCGCUGCGAGGUGGUGGAGCAAGAUCCAGAUGAACAGAUAUACAACGGACGACCUGAACCCAUCCUGGACCAUCACCACCACCAUCACCACCACCAGCCCGCCAUGCAGGACAACUUGCACGCCCGGCGGGCCGACGAGGAGGAGGAGGCCGAGAGCGAGGAGUACUGCCCCAAUGAAGAGGAAGAGGAGGAAGGGGACGAGGAGGAGAGACACGGUAGGGCCUACACCGGAGACUACUACGCCCCUGAAGACAACGGGAACUCAGUGCGAGUCUCUCCAUACCGAAGCCGCAAGGUGCUGGUGGUGGAGGGGGAGACGGGGGAGGAGGCCGAGGAGGACAUUGACCAAAUAGUUGCUGAGAUUAAGAUGAGUAUGAGCAUGGGGAGUCUGAGCAGCGGCACUGACCAAAGCCCCGAGGAGCUGGCACAGGACCCUGCGCCGAGUGACUACCCUCAUUCCAAACCUGACGCAGCCCCCUACCCACCAGCCCACCACCGCCACGACAGCAGGCCCAAGUCCCUGAACCUGCCCUCCAUUCACCAUAACAACCCCGAGCUCCAGAGGGGCAUCAAGGUGCAUCCACGCUCCCCCGAAGACAGGCAGAGAUGGACACAGGAGCAGGUGAGCAACGGUGCAGAGCAGCCGAGAAAACAGCAGCGGUCCGACCUCAAUGUUCCUCUGGAGAACAACAAUGUACCUGAGCCAACAAAGAAGGUUGCGUCGUUCCCCAGCUUUGUCGAUGUCCCAGGACCCUGCGAGCCAGAAGACCUGAUUGAUGGAAUUAUCUUUGCUGCUAACUACCUGGGCUCCACUCAGCUGCUGUCUGAGAGAAACCCCUCCAAGAACAUUCGCAUGAUGCAGGCCCAGGAGGCCGUCAGCAGGGUCAAGAGGGUUCAGAAGGCUGCCAAAAUCAAGAAAAAGGCGAGUGCAGAUGGAGAUGCUCAAACCCUCACUGAGGUUGAUCUGUUCAUCUCCACCCAGAGAAUCAAAGUCCUCAACGCUGACUCACAGGAAACAAUGAUGGACAACGCGCUCCGCACUAUAUCCUACAUCGCUGAUAUUGGGAACAUUGUGGUCCUGAUGGCGAGACGCCGGAUGCCACGCACAGCCUCACAGGACUGCAUCGAAACUACACCUGGGGCGCCUGAGGCAAAGAAGCAGUACAAGAUGAUAUGCCACGUCUUUGAGUCUGAAGAUGCGCAGCUUAUCGCUCAGUCCAUCGGCCAGGCUUUCAGCGUAGCUUACCAGGAGUUCCUGAGAGCCAAUGGCAUUAACCCCGAGGACCUGAGUCAGAAGGAGUACAGCGACAUCAUCAACACCCAGGAAAUGUACAAUGACGACCUCAUUCACUUCUCCAACUCUGAAAACUGCAAAGAGCUGCAGCUGGAGAAGAGUAAAGGGGAGAUCCUGGGUGUGGUGAUCGUGGAGUCCGGCUGGGGCUCCAUCCUCCCCACAGUUAUCUUGGCCAACAUGAUGAACGGAGGGCCAGCAGCUCGCUCUGGCAAACUCAGCAUCGGAGACCAGAUCAUGUCCAUCAACAACACCAGCCUCGUGGGGCUGCCACUCGCCACCUGUCAGGGAAUCAUUAAGGGCUUAAAGAACCAAGUCCAGGUGAAAAUGAACAUAGUCAGCUGCCCUCCUGUUACCACUGUCCUCAUCAAGAGACCGGAUUUAAAGUAUCAGCUGGGCUUCAGUGUCCAGAAUGGCAUUAUCUGCAGUCUGAUGCGAGGAGGCAUUGCAGAGCGAGGUGGAGUCCGUGUGGGUCACAGGAUCAUAGAGAUCAAUGGGCAGAGUGUGGUGGCCACAGCACAUGAGAAGAUUGUACAGGCGCUCUCCAACUCUGUUGGCGAGAUCCACAUGAAGACCAUGCCGGCAGCCAUGUUCAGGCUUCUAACAGGACAGGAGACACCUAUGUACAUAUAACCGAUGGCCAGGGAGCGCUCGACAGGACAGGCUGUCAGCUGUGAUUGGUUAUCUUACGCCGCGAGUCAAGCUGACUAUAGCCACCAGAGGGGGAGGAUUUGUUCUCCCUGUCGAUUCAUUUCUCUCUUUUUGUUUUUUCUUCUUUUCUUUGGGCUGAUGAGUUCAUUUCUUCAUCAUGUCUCCCUUGUCCGUGCUUAACAUGCAACAGCCAUCCUAUUGACACAAGAUGCUUAAUCCAUCUGACCAGCUGAAGAGGCCGAGUGUGUGUGUUUGAGGGUGUGUGUGUGUGUGUGUGUGUGUGUGGGUAAUGUUUGCUAUUUAUUUGUCCUGUCUGUGCUUUUCUGUCAGUGAGAUGAUGUGGACGGACUUAUGGAGCGAAUGCAUCACAGUUUAUUUUUUUAUAUUCAUGUAAUGCAAUAUGAUACUUCUACUAUACUCCUUGUAUAGUUUCAUGUUCCUCUCUGUUUAUUUAUUUUCCCAUGUAAAUACAUAUUUUGCUAAUAUUGUGACUGAAGGCAGUGGGGAGGGAGGGGCCACAGCUGCAUUGUAAAUAUCUACUGAAUCUUGCUGUUGAAUUUGAAAGCAGUCCGUGAUGACGGCAAAGACACAAAUGCCGAACAUCAUUGUGGUUGCCAGUGAAAAGGAAAACGAGUUACGUGUUUGAAAUGUUGGGCUUAAAUAUGCUAAGUUGAUAUGAUGUACAUGUGAAUGAAACCGAUGCUUGCAGCACGGGUUUUAAUGGGAGAAAACGCCAUAUACUUUUGAUUUACGGCAUUUCAAGGCAAUACACGAGUUCAACCUGUGAAUGGCAAGAUAAGUCUUUUCUAAAUCUCAUGUACAAACACUCACACACGUUUAAAUAACAAGCAACUAUUAACAUGCAUAAUUAUGCUUUUGAUAUCAAACCACAUGUAUGAAAACUGAAUUUUUCUUUUGUGUGCUGCUCUACUGUAUGUUCAUCUUUAUUGUUCUGACUGAAACUCAUGCAUAUUAUGAGUGGAUAGUGAAUGUAACUGUGUUGUGUGAGCUGUCUCAUUGCCAUAAGCAGUAUUAGAAUGUCUGUACAUAAAGAGAAACUUGUCUAGUAUUGUGCUCAUGUUAAAAAAAAAAAAAAACAAAAAACACACAGGUUUAGUCACUGCAAACACCUUCCCAACUGUAUGUUGGCCUUCAGUCUUGAGAGGGAAAGAGAGAACUGUGAAUCACACACUGUGACUGAAAAAAAGCCUUACCAUGGAGUAAUGGUUUUACAAUGCAUUGUAGUAAAUUUUAACCGUAUGAACAUUAUCUGUGUGCAUGCCUCGUAAAGUAGUAUCAUGUCAUUGUGGCAAGAUAAUAAAAUCUGAGCUAAACCUG